AUGGUAAAUAAAUUAAGAUAUUUCGAUUCUAAAAACAUAUAUUAUUUUUAAAACUAUUUGAGGCAUGUUCACACUAGGUUGUUUGAGAAAGCAGAUUUUGAUAGAGUUGCAUGUGGUAUUUAAAUUGAAUUAAUUUAGUAGAUAUAUGUGAGAUUUAUCUACUAAAAAUGAAGAAAUUUUGGAAUACGUUCUUGAGUUUUAGUUUUUAUUUGAAAGAGAAUGAAAGGUUGAUCUAUGAUAUUUUGCAACAUUCAAGGCGUACAUUUAAUGGGAAGGAAUAUUUACAUAUUUCUUCUUAGGCAA